ACAGCAUUGAAACCACCACCACAGCAGCAGCUAUAAUUAGACUCCGUGGUCUUUGUGGCCAUCGACUCACACAAUCCAUUGCCCACCUCAGCACCCGACGACAGCGAUGGACCGCGUGCGCAUUCUGUUUGGCGCUCCGUCGUCUUCGACAUCGACUUCCGUGGCGUCAUCUGUUGAGGCCGCUGUCGCCGCGGUCACCAUCAAGAUGCCCAAAGGCACGACUGCCCCAACAGAAGACACGUUGUCUGACAUGAGCUUUGGAUGCAAGUCUUUGACCAAGAUGCAGCGGUUGUACGGAUUCGCCUUUUGCUUUUGUGUAGGCUACCUCAUCAACUUGCUGUCCACGUUUGCCCUGCUCGGGGGCUCUCGCAAUGGAGCCAAGUUUGGGAUUCUGUACUCGAUCGGUAGCGUGGUGUCCCUUUGCGGGUCGGGGUUCUUGGCUGGCCCUGCCGAACAGGUCAAAUCGAUGGCAAAGCCAGUGCGCCGCAUCGCGUCGGCCAUCUACCUCUUGUCGAUUUUGCUUGUGCUGGUGAUUGCAGUCACGAAUCCUCAGCUUGGCCUUUUGAUUCUCUUCCUCGCGAUGAUGCAAUUCGGCGCAGCCGUGUGGUACAACGCUAGCUACAUCCCGUACGGCCGCAAGGUCCUCAAGUCGAUCGGGUCCAAGUGUCUUAGCAGUGUGGCGUAAAACUUUUUCACCUCUCUGCAUCGACAAGCUUCAACACUUCGCAUCAAUCUAUUCUCUGUUCCCA